UAGAGGCCCGUUUCCCAACCAAACUCUACCUGUACUCAGAUUCUGUUUUCCGUCUUACAUUUUCACUCUUCUUCUCAAAGAUCUCUCCCUCUGCCAGUAAAGGAAAAGUUAAGCUCCCCGUUGCCUGCAAGUACCGUCAUUCUGCCAUCCCCAUCCAAUCUCCUCGUUCCACCGUUGCCGGGAACUGCUUUUUGUCCUUCACGCCGGGAAACAUCAGCAGCUGUUGUGAAGAGCCGGGGAUCUUACUGGUGGCCUUAUAGCAGUAAUGGCGGAAGAAAAAGCAGAGGUGGUGGGAAGUUCAAUUUCUCAACCGUCGGAACCUGCUUCGUCGUCAUCAUCAUCAUCAGUUUCUCAACCUUCGUGGUUCACUCCAAAAAGCAGAAAAGGAUGUGGCUUGAGCUGAACUAUUUUGUUACAAUGCCUUAACUAUUAGCAGAAAGAGCCAGUGACGGAAAACCGGAAAAGAAAAUGAUAAUCUCGGCAUUUAACUAGAGGAUGAUAAAGGAGAGGAACAAAGAUUGCUUUGAACAAAGCCAAUUGAUUUAAGAUGGACUUGGAGAGGAUUUGGAAAUCUUGAUGACAAACAUCUAUGAGUUCUUGCUCUUUAGAAUUCAGGAUUUUGAUGCAUAACUAUAAUUGUUAAUCCUGCGGUUUUGGCCAGGUUGCUGGUAAUCUUUUGUUUGGUCAACUUGAUAAAUUAUAUGGAGAGAGGAGCGAUGGCAAGUAAUGGGGUAAAUGGGAGCCCCAAGACUUGCACGGCAAAUGGUACGUGCACUGCUGGCACUGGAAUACAAGGGGAGUUCAACUUGAGCAAUUUUGAAGAUGGAGUACUAUCUUCUGCUUUCGUAGUCGGCCUUCUUAUUGGCUGUCCGAUAUUUGCCUCUCUGUCGAAGAGCUAUAACCCCUUCAGGCUCAUAGGAUUUGGAUUAUCAGUCUGGAUGCUUGCAGUCAUUGGUUGUGGGUUGUCUUUCAGUUUCUGGUUCAUUGCAAUCUGCCGCAUGGUCGUUGGAAUUGGUGAAGCUUCUUUUGUAAGCCUUGCCGCCCCUUUCAUUGAUGAUAAUGCCCCUGCCAAACAGAGAACUGCGUGGCUGGGGAUAUUCUAUAUGUGUAUAUCAACUGGAUAUGCUAUUGGCUAUGUAUAUGGAGGACUGGUUGGUGAUCAUUUGAAAUGGCGCUAUGCAUUCUUCGGAGUGGCGAUUUUGAUGUUUCCAUUUAUUAUUUUGGGUUGGAUUAUGAAGCCUUUGCAAUUGAAAGGUUUUACUCACGCUGACCGAACGAAAGCAUCGAAUUCAGUGACAACUGUAUCAGAUGCUCAAGGUUUGGAAGUUUCGGCUGUCAAAGCUGGCAGUUUCACUUUAAAAGAACGAUUCGGUCAGGAAACCCCAAAGAAUUCUUCCAUCAUGCCUCAGGCAAUGAGUAUAACAAUGGAGGCAAUGUUCAUUGCAGUUCAGAACCUGAGUCACCUAAGAUGAAUCAACGGUCAAGAUUCCUCAAAGAUAUGAAAGAUCUUCUGCGUGAGAAGACUUUUAUUGUCAGCGUUCUAGGCUACACAGCCUACAAUUUCGUCAUUGGUGCAUACUCUUACUGGGGUCCCAAAGCUGGUCGCAACAUCUAUAAGAUGGUGAGGAAAAUGCAGAUAUGAUCUUUGGCGGGGUUACAAUUAUCUGUGGGAUACUAGGAACUCUUGCUGGAGGUUUUCUUCUAGAUUACCUAACCAGCACUAUCCGUAAUGCCUUCAAGCUUCUUACAGGUGCAGUACUAGCCGGAGCCAUCUUUUGCUUCAGCGCUUUCUGCUUCAAGAACAUGUAUGGUUUCCUUGUCUUCUUUGGAAUUGGUGAAGUCCUUGUGUUUGCAACUCAGGCUCCAGUGAACUACGUCUGCCUUCACUGCGUAAAACCGAGUCUAAGACCAUUGUCGAUGGCCAUUUCCACCGUUGCAAUUCACUUAUUUGGAGACGUGCCUUCCUCGCCCCUCGUCGGUCUCCUCCAAGAUCAGAUACACAGCUGGAGGAAGACUAGUCUUAUCUUGACUUCCUUCUUGUUCCUGGCAGCUGCAUUUUGGUUCAUAGGGGUGUUCAUGAAAAGCGUCGAUAGGUAUAACGAAGAAGAGAGCAACGAGCAUGCAUCGGAAUCGGGUGCUGCAAGUGAUACGAGAACAGGAGCUUUGCCAGAAGGGAAAGACUGACCCUGUUAAGGAUUGAGUUCUUUUGAGUUUUGCUCAAAAAUAUGUAAAGACUUUUCUUUUUGGUAUUGAUUUCUGCUUACAGUUAGGUUGUUUGGUGAAUCAUCAACUAGCAUGGACUAUAUAGAGGGGCUGCAUUUGUUUAUGUAAAUAGUGGCAAGUAUAUAUGGUGAAUAAUGAUGAUGAAGUAGAAUGGGCAGGUGAUGUCAACUCUGAAUUGCUCUGGAUAUUCAUUUUGCUAGUCAUGAGGAUAAUAGGCUAAGGAACAAAAAAG